CUGCUUUCGUUUCUGCUGUCGUUUCUUCAUUCCCUACAAUGACCAGAGUAUUGCUCUUCUUCACGGCCUUACUGGCAUUGGUCUCCUGGAGUGCGGCAUCCGCUCCCGCCCAGGCUCGGUUACCAGGCGCGUCCUCCUUCGUCGUGCCUUCGGCCUUCCCCACGUCUGUCUUCUCCAGUUACUGGGUCAAACCAGCUCCCACGAAUGAACCACAGCCGGCUCUUCACGAUCCAGUCCUCAAUAUCACGUUUCCGCUCAACCUGACGGACCCCAGGACAAUUCCCACCGCCGACAAUGAUCCGGUAUACUAUCCCCAGCCCGUCGCGGACCUCGAUGAUGCAAGCUCCGAGGCUUUAGUCCAAAUCGCCCUGGCUGAGAUCAAAGGCAUCAUUUCUGGCAAUGGAGGCCUCUCUGGUAACUGUUCCAAAUGCGUUGCCGCUCUCAGCAUUGGGAAGCUGGUCGCUCGGACUGCACCGUCAUACGUACCAGAUGCUUUGGUAUCGCUCUGUCAGUCCACGGGAUUUGCAUCCAAUGCUACGUGCAAGGCGAACUAUGCUGCUGGUAGCUUUGGGGCAAUCUGGACCCAGGUUCUGGCACUUGCGGAUGUCACGGGGCUUGAUGGGAGAUAUAUCUGCAACUCCUUGAGCAGUACGUUCUGCUCGGCCCCAACAACGACCCCACUGAAUACCACUGGACUGUUUCCGAAGCCGAAGCCAGCAGAUGCCACGGCUCCAAAGGCGAGCGGGAAAAGAGUCAAGGUUCUUCAUUUAUCGGACUUCCAUCUUGACCCUCGGUAUCAGGUUGCAUCCGAAGCCAACUGCUCCUCGUCUUUUUGCUGCAGACCCUCCGCCGGGGCUCCUACCUCUCAAGCAAUCCUUCCUGCGCCCUUAUAUGGAGCGUAUAAGUGUGAUACUCCGUAUUAUCUCGCUCUUGCUGCUUUGCAAUCCAUUGGGUCCCUGACCGGCACUGGUGCCGAUAAAUCCUCUCCUGCAUGGACGAUCUACACGGGCGAUCUUGUAUCUCAUGAUGCCCAGAACCAGAUGUCACGUGCGUAUGUUGAGUACACAGAGACCAGCAUAUACGACAUGCUUAAAACAUACAUUAAUGGACCAGUGUUCCCAGUUUUGGGCAAUCAUGAUAGCAGUCCAGUGGCCAUCGAUGGGCCGCACAGUCUUCCAGGGCCUCUCGGGAAACAAUUCAGCUGGAACUACGAUCAUGUUUCUGCACUGUGGCAGCAGAAUGGCUGGCUCAGCCCCUCGGAUGCUCACGAGGCUGCGCUCCAUUAUGCUGCAUACUCAGUCAAGAAUCAAUACGGUCUUCGCAUCAUCACGCUCAACACGGAUUUCUGGUACCGGUCCAACUAUCUUAACUUCAUCAAUACCACCAAUCCCGAUUUAUCUGGGACCUUUAGUUUCAUGAUCAAGGAGCUCCAAGCCGCCGAGGAUGCUGGCGAGCGUGUAUGGAUCAUUGGCCAUGUGCUCAGCGGAUGGGAUGGUUCGAACCUCCUGUUGAAUCCGAGCGAUCUCUUCUACCAGAUCAUCGACCGCUAUUCGCCGCAUGUAAUCGCAAACGUCUUCUGGGGACAUACACACGAAGACCAGGUCAUGAUAUACUACGCCAAUAACGGCACCAUACAGAACAGUGACACUGCGUUAACUUCGGGGUGGAUUGGUCCGAGUGUGACACCACUGACAAACAUGAACUCUGGUUAUCGAAUGUACGAGGUCGAUACCGCCUCAUUCGAGGUGUACGAAGCCUACACAUUCUAUAGUGAUGUCAAUUCGUUCUCUGCGCUUAACUCAACGGGGCCAACGUAUCAGUUUGAGUACUCUACCCGGGAUGUGUACGGAAGCGCAAUUGGCUGGCCCGCCGAUGCUCCCUUGAACGCCAGUUUCUGGCACCAGGUUACAGUUGCGAUGGAGUCAAAUCGAAGUCUGGUGUCUACUUUUAACACGUACCAAGGAAAAUCAAGUAUCAGGAGUCCAAACUGUACCAGCCAGGCUUGUGCUGAUGCAAAGAUUUGCUAUAUAAGGAGUGGAUCUGCACCUCUGGGCAGAGCAUGCCCUCAGGGAUUUGCCUCGGUGCAGAGCCCAUACACUGGAACGAACUUCUGAGUGAUGCACGAUCUGGUAUUCAUAAAAGCACCUCUCUAUGAAAGUCUAUGAACAUUGCUAAAAUCCAAAUGCUACAUCGCUAUCUUUACAGCUUGGAAUCAAUCUUGAUCUGCUUGCCCUCGU